AUGGUCGCGUCUGCCUGUAGCACCGCCGAGGCCGCGUCCGCCUGGAACGCCGUCGAGGCCACGUCCGCCUGGGGCACGGAAAUCGCGUCCACGCAGGACACAGCUGGACAAGAAAAGUUUCAUGCACUCGGUCCUAUAUACUAUCGUGAUGCAGAUGCUGCUCUAUUAGUGUAUGACAUCACAGAUAGUGAUAGUUUUCUUCGUGUCACGAAAUGGGUGAAAGAGCUAAAACAAAUGGCAAGUAAAGAUAUUGUUAUGGCCAUUGCAGCGAAUAAAAGUGAUUUGGUCAGAUUGAAGAACAUAGACACUCAAGAUGCUGUAAGUUAUGCAGAAAGUAUUGUGACAAAUCUCUUUGUUACAUCUGCCAAAGCAGGGACUGGAAUCGAUGAUGUCUUCAGUGAUAUAGCCAAACGUAGGAUUACUAGAGAAGAGAAAAAACAGCGCUGA